CGUUGACCGUUUUGAAUCGAGUCAUCACAAUCAUCCGCGUCGGUCUUUUAAAUUUUCUGUCUCGAAAUAAAAAGUGAAUUUAUUAAAAGUGCGCGUCCUAAAUUAAUGGAGUGAUCUGCGUGGCGUGCCCGAUCCACCAUGAAUCGCGUGAUGCGCAGCUACACGCCCGACCUGAAGGUCGCGGGAACGACGCCCUCGCGGAUGUCAACAAUCGGAACCUCGACGACAACUCCGAUCGGUUCCGCCACCCGGCGUCGGUACUCCGUUUCGUCGGUGGUCGGAGCCGGUUCGGCGCUGGUCACUCCGCCGGCGCGGAGUUUCAGCCAGGAUGCCGUCGGGACGCCGGUAAACAAACGGAUGAGCCUGCACGAGAAUCUGAUGCUGAAGAUCUUGGCCACUCCGGUGGACCAGGCGCUGCACGAGCAGGCCAACUCUUCGGGGGACGAGUCGUUUUGCAGCUCGCUGGGGACGUCGUACUCGAUCGAACAGCUGCUCGAAUCGGAUGAUCAGCUUCGCUGCACGACCCCAACGAACGGGUUGGACAUUCAGAAUAAUCCGCGGUUGGCGCGGCUGUAUAAGGAUUUGCACAGUCCGUCGGCUACGACCCGGGUCCGGGCGUUGAGGGCGCUCAAAUCGCCGUCUAAGCGGGACGCUUACGGCCAGUUUGAUGUGCCCCACGAGGAGCAGGACAUAAUUACGGAGGAGGAGCGGCGCACGCCGACGGAGAAAACGAUCCAGCAGGUGAUGGCCGGCGUUUGCGUGUACAUUGAGGUGCGUUCCGGCGCGGACAAUCGCAGCGACGGCAUCAAGGACGUGGUGGCCUCGCUGGGGGCGAAGGUCAACGAUAAGCUGUACAAGGACACGACGCACGUCAUCUUCAAGGACGGGCUGAUGUCCACCUACCAGAAGGCCAAGAAGAUGAACAUCCCGGUGGUGUCGAUUCUGUGGAUCGAGGCGUGCAAGCGCCAUCUGUGUAUUAUGAAUCCGGUCAACUUUCCGAUCUCGAACCAGGAGCGCUACGAUAAUCCGGAACUGUUCAAGAAGAUUCGGCGCCAAAAGUCGAUGCAACCGCGCGCCGAAGAGCUCAACAGUGGCUCAACCGGCAAGAAGCGCCCCACCGAAGGUGGCAACUCUUCCGCCACGUCCACCCGCAAAUCUGUGAUUUCCCCGCCGGCGAAGCUGCCGGUGCUGCACCGCAUCCGCAAGGACGACGGCCUCGAGCGCAUCCUGAACGAGUUCCAGAUCGACAACGCCAUGACCCAGGAACCGCAGGACGAUUUCGACAAAAUGCUGGCCGGUCCGAUGCGGCUGCUGGAGCGGUUCCGUAACUCGCCGGUCACCAGCUCGGGCGGGGGCUCGUCAAAGGCGAAGAAAAGCCAAGAGGAAGAGGUGACCACGCCGGAGGCUCCACCGCGGUCGAUCCGUAAGUCGCUCGCGUUCGGCGGAUCGGCCGAGAAGGUUACGCCGGGACGACGACGGAGCACCAGCAAGGAAGUUACGCCGGUGGCGAAGCCGACUCCAAGGCAGCGUCGCAAGACGAUGCUGUUUACACCACGAGUGACCAGCGUCGAGGAGGAGGUGGAAUCGCCGGCGGUGGUCCCGGUCGUUCAGACGUCAACGCGAACCCGCCGGAAGACGUUGGCCGUGUCGAUGGACGAAAACAGUCCGGUCAAGCGGCAGGACACGAUCCGAUCGCCGAAGCCGAUGGAACUCUCCAAGCAGAAUAGUGAGAACCAGCAGGAGAAUGUACCGCCGUCGGCGGCGGCCAGAAAUAGCAUCUACUCACCGAGCAAGAUGGAGCAAUCUUCCGACAAGACUGACAAAGUGGUGCGAGUUGAGAUGGGAUCGUCACCGCGGCGUACUCUCGGUCCCAAAACGUCCGAAAACGUUGGCAAAUCCAACUCUUUGAAGAAAGCAAUCACGCCAGAACUGGACGCCAAAGAUCUGGAGGCGUUCCGGACGAACCGGCGCCGAACGCUGUACACUCCCGGCGUCUACGACGAGUCGGAUAAGGCGACUCUGGCCAAAGAAACGCCCGUACGGAACCGACGAAGCACCUUCUUCAACCCUCCAGCCAACUCAACGGCAACCGACAGAACUCCACUCGGAGCGUCAAACAAACGCCGAACGCUGUACUCGUCCGCGGUCGACGUUCCGGAAACGCCGGAAGAACCGUCCCAAAAACCAACCAUCGCCCCCAAGAAGACCCUCCUGGAAGAGUACCAGUCCAGCUUGACGAGCUUCAGCUCGACCCGCACCCCAAUCUCCGAGCGCCGCAAAACCAUCUUCGACAUCUCGAUGGACAUCAUCGACAAACGCCUCUCGCAGAUCAACCAGCAAUCCAAAGCCUCCGCCACCCCAGAACCAACAAACCGCGUCGAAGCCGCAGCCGCAGCCCUCAAAUCACCACCCCCACGGCCAUCCUCCGUCUCGCGCCAAACCUCCCUGGAAAGCUUCUACCGAAAAGCCUCAAAAUCAACCGAGAAAUCCAUCAAGUUCAAAUCCUCCACCGAGCUGCGCUCCUCAACCGACUCGGACGUCACCUCAACCGCACCCCGCAAGCGCAAACUCUUCAACGCCCAGCCCUCGCUCAGCACCGAUUCAUCCUCCCAAUCCGACACCCUAACCCUCCCGGACAACCCCCCGAAGCGCGCCAAAACUCCCCCACUGCCAGCAGUCAGCAAAACGCCAGCGCCCUCCAAACGGCGCUCGCUGGCCGUGGCGAAGGCGGCCACCGCCGUCAAAACAACCCGCCGCAGCUCGGUGCUGUUUGAGGCGCCGGUGAAGCAACCCGCGCGACCCGUCAUGGGAACGCAAGCCCGAACCAUGAAGGCGCUCGGGCUGGGAGCCGGACUGCCGACGGCGAGUUCGCAGUCCUCGCAGCAGAGCAGUAACGGGUCGCAGCAGUCGGCGGCGGCGCAGUUCCGGCUCGCGACGACGAAUCUUCACGCCGAUCAGCAGCGGUUCGUCAAAGAGACCGUGUCCGCCCUCGGCGGCUUCCUCAUCCAGCCGAACGUCACCGACCGCACAACGCACCUGGUCAGCCUGGAAACGCGCCGCACCGUCAACCUGUUGCGCGCCCUGACGCGCGGCCUCUGGAUCGUCAGCUACGCCUGGAUCGAACAGUCGGCCCGGGCCGGCCGCUGGCUGCCCGAGGACCAGUACGAACUGUGCGAGUUUUCACCGGCCGUCCAAACGUGCCGCAGCGAGCGGCAAGCGUUCGGUUCGCGCUACCGGAUGGACCUGUUUGGGGAGUGCGGGGGGACGUUCUACGUGUCGGAACGGUGCGAGGUGCCGCAGGACCAGCUGCGCGAGCUCAUCAUUACGUGCGGCGGGAAGAUUACGGGGAACGCGCUGGCGGCGAAGUAUUUGGUGGUGAGUUCGUUGGAGGACGUUGGAGGCGUGCCGAAGGGGGCGUUCUGUGUGAGCCCGCAGUGGAUUCUGGACAGUAUUCAGGAGAACCGGGUGAAGAAGACGUACCGGUAUUUGGUGCGGAAGUGAGACUGAUAGGCUUGAAUUAGAUGAAUUGUGAAGUAAUUUAUGGUCGAGAGAGAAAUCAUA